CAAGGGGCCGUCGCGUACACAGAGCCCAGGCUUGCAAUCUCGUUGUUUCUCGAGCCUCGAGCUCGGGGGGACCGACUCCCCCGUCGACAGCUCGUGUCAAUCGGAGUGCGAUUCGAGUGCGUGCGCGGCUGUGUGCCUCCGUGUGUAUGCGAGUGCGGGCCAGCUCGAGUGCGAAUCGAUGCCAGAGACCUGCUCGAGGGCGCCGCGCGGCCCCGUCGACCCUCAGCCCGGACCCUAAGCCAGACUCGCUGCUCCAAGUCCCGAGAGACCGCCCAGGGCAUCGGCUCGCGCCAUGCACCGCACAGGAAAAAUCAUGAUAGCUGCAACGCGCAAUUCAUUUCUAUUAUUCCUCUUGAUCACGCAAGUUGUAUGCAACAAUGUCAAUGAACCACCAACAUUUGAAGCCGGGGGUUAUCCAAUGGGACUGCCUUUGGCUGAAAAUACACCAGUUGGAUCCGAAGUUUUCACAUUAAAAGGUCAUGAUCCCGAAGGAUCGCCCGUAAAGUAUGGUAUUCAACUGACUAACAAAUUUAGCGUUGACGAACAUACUGGAGUGGUCAAAUUAUCUGAGCCACUGGACCGUGAGGAAGUUGAUACGAUUAGAUUUCGAGUAACGCUUGAAGAUUCAGUGUCUCUAGGCCAACAGCCAAAUAUCGUUGGAGUAGAAGCUUACAUUAUAGUGCUAGACGAAAAUGACAAUCCACCCCAGUUUAUCGGAACACCAUACGAGGCGAUUGUUCCGGAAGAUGCUGCUCCGGGCACUUCUAUUCUUCCAGCAAUACGUGUGACAGACUCGGACUUAUUGGGUGAUAAUAUUCAAGUCGAUUGUGUACCCCAACCACAGUUUCCAGAUGCUUGUACCAAGUUUAAGAUAAUAGACAUCGAAAAAAGCCAAGAUACGUAUAUUGGUGCUCUUGUGUUGCAGCGGCCAUUAGAUUAUAAGGAAAGACCUUUUUACCAAUUGGUACUUCGAGCAAGUGAUGGGUCAAACAGUAAUACGACUGGUGUGGAAAUUAAAGUAGCUGAUGUUCAAAAUAAUCCGCCAGAAUUUUUAGAUUCCCUAACUGGAGUUGUAAAGGAAGACGAUCCAAUUGGUACAUUAGUUAUGGUUGUAAAAGCUAGGGACGGUGAUCGAGGCAUGCCGCGCAAAAUUGCCUACGAAUUAGUUACAAAUCCAAUGGAUUACUUCUUGCUGGACCAACUAACUGGUGAAUUGCGCACUGCCAAACCACUGGAUAGAGAAGCCCUUGACAAUUCAACGGGUGUACUAACUUUUGUUGUCAAAGCUCGCGAGAUCGUUGAUGGCCAGCCUGCUGAUGAUGAACACUCUGUGUCGACGAUCGAAGCCACAGUGACUAUUAAAGAUGUCAAUGACGAACCUCCAACUUUCAAUCAAAAAGAAUACGCCGUAUCUAUACCAGAAAACAUAGCCAAUGGAACUCCUCUUCCGCAUUUAAAUAUGAUAAUUCGAGAUCCAGAUAUUGGUCUCAACUCGGUCUUCAGUUUGCGCCUUGAAGACAUCACUGGAGCUUUUUCCGUGGAGCCGAGUCAAGCCACCGGUAGUACAUCAGUGAACAUUCGAGUAACGAACGGCUCUUUCGACUACGAAAAUCCAAAUCAACGAAAAUUCAUUGUUUUGGUUGUUGCCGAAGAAGUUCACACUCAUCCGAAACUUUCAUCGACGGCAACAGUUACUGUCGACAUCACUGACAUUAAUGACAACGCACCAUAUUUUUCUAGUUCAUCGUACUCUGCACUAGUCUCUGAAAUAGCAGAGUCAGGAACUCCGAUUAUUACCAUCACCGCUAAAGAUCGCGACAGUGGACGCUUUGGAGCUUCUGGAAUAGUAUACCAGUUGAUAGGGAGAGGAUCUGAACAUUUUGUAGUAGACAAGAAGUACGGUAGCAUAUCUGUUGCUCCAUGUAAAACUCCAGGAAGGUCACCUUGUUUGGAUUACGAAGAACAACAUGAAUAUUUUCUUAAUUUCAAGGCAACGGACGACAAAGGUAAUGGUCAAACAACGAGCGUUUCCCUACGGAUAAGUUUAACCGAUGCCAACGACAGUCCGCCGCAAUUUCUGCAAAAGCAAUACCGCGCCGUGAUCGACGAAGGUUCCGAAAAAUUCGAGCCACCGUUGAAAGUCGAGGCACGCGAUCCAGACAAGAGUUCGAAAAUUACUUACUCGCUGGCUCAAAGCAAUGAAUCAGGCUUAUUCGAUAUUGACGCCGACUCGGGCGAGAUCACCAUAGCCAAGAUCUCAAAAUCCGACGUAUACAGCAAUUUGAAAGCCGGCACUAUCGAGCUGACGGUGCGAGCGAGCGACGGUUUAUUUAUCGACGAAUGUCUUCUCAGCGUAAAUGUACGCGACGUCAACAACAAUGCGCCGGUCUUUUUACAAGAUCAUUACAUGGCGAGCGUCUCGGAACUGGUCAAGCCAGGAAGUCUCGUGAAAGAACUGAGUGCCACCGACGCCGAUGAUGGCCUCAAUGCCGAAGUAGUCUACCGCAUACAGCGAGGAGCCUUCAAUGACUUCGUCGUCAACGAAACGAACGGAGCUGUCGUGGUUGCGCGUAAGCUCGAUUACGACAUUCGCAGCACGUACCACGUCGAAGUCGUGGCUUUCGACAAAGGAUCCCCAAGUCUUACCGGUACGAGCACUCUCGUGAUCAACGUAGAGAAUAGCAACGACAAGCCACCCUACUUCGUGCCCGAGAUCCAACGAGCCGAAGUUACCGAGGACACGCCGAUCGGCACUGUUUUCGCCGUACUCAAAGCCGUCGAUCCUGAUAUUUCCGAGCCCGAUGCAUUGAACUUCGUUAUGACGGAACCAAUCACAGCCAUCGACAGGAGCGGCCGUCGCGUCCAAGACAACUCGGCCACAGCUGCCUACAAAGACUUUUUCGCCGUGGAUCGUAAAACCGGCCAGGUAUCCGUUGUCAAGAGUCUCGAUCGAGACGUUGCUGCGACCAUCAGCAUCAGCGUACUCGUAACCGAUACUUCGGCUCCGAUGCUUCAACAAGCCAGAGGUCUGCUCGUCGUUACCAUAAUAGACCUGAAUAGGUUUGCGCCACAAUUCGUUCGGCCCUGGAGCCGUACCGAUCCGCGUUACUCCGUCGAGAUGCAAGAGGAGCAGCCUGUUGGAGCCACUGUUUGUGCUUUCAGUGCCACCGACGAAGAUAAUGCGAUCGCAGGAUACGCCAUCGAACCUCCCAAUCCUUAUUUCCAAAUCGAUAAUGUGACCGGCAUUGUACGUACCAGAAAAGUUAUCGACUACGAGAAAACCAAGCAGUUAGACUUCACUAUUGUGGCGUACGAUACGGGGGUUCCUCGAUUAUCGGCUUCUGCUCACGUUUUUGUAACGAUCGUUAAUAUAAACGACGAGAGUCCGAAAUUCGAAAAAGAAUCAUACGUAAGCGAAGUCGAAGAAAACUCACCACCGGGAACUAGAGUUGCAAUCGUCAAAGCCGUUGACAAGGAUGAAGGUACCUUCGGUCAAAUCACUUACAGUUUAGUCGGGCAGCGAGCUUCCGAUUUCACUAUCGAUCCAAAAACUGGAGAAAUAUCUGUCGGAAAGGCUACAGUACUGGAUCGAGAAGUCAUGCCUGAAUUUUCGAUUACCGCGAUGGCCAGCGAUAAUGCCCCAGCUCAUUUACGCAGAGAGACGUCUGUUCCAGUCCUGAUAAAACUAAAUGACGUAAACGACAAUAGACCUAUUUUCAACCAACACAACUACAGAGCAUCGGUCGCUGAAAAUUUGUCCACCCAUCCGCCAGCUCCGAUUUUCCAAGUUCGAGCGACAGACAACGACGAAGGAUUAAAUGGAAAAGUACGAUAUAAAAUAAUCAAAGGAAACGAUGAUGGCUCCUUUGUUUUGAACCCUGAAACAGGUAUCCUGUAUCCAGCUGUAUCACUAUUAGGUAGAGCACAAUUUUACGAACUCAAAGUUGAGGCUAGAGACCGAGAUGGCAAAGGACCCUAUUCGGAUGUUUGCAAUAUUUAUGUACGCAUUAUUCCGGUUAAUCAGUACAAACCAGAGUUUAUUAUGCCCGAGUCGCCAAAUGCUACUGUUGAAGUACCGGAGAAUUCUGGUGAACCUAACUACCUCGUGAUGACUGUCAAAGCUAUAGAUCGUGAUGCCGGUGACAACGGCAAAAUUAGCUAUCACUUGAAAGUUGGCAAUAGAAAUUUACAAGAAACUGAAGAAUUUGUGAUCAACCGAGAGACGGGCGAACUCAGAUCUAAAAUAAUACUAGAUCGAGAAGCAAAAAGUAAAAUAGAGCUUGUUUUGGUAGCUGCAGAUCAUGGCACUCCAACUUCUUAUGAAACUCUUCGAUUGUUGACUAUCGUUCUUUUGGAUGCAAACGAUAACGCUCCGGAAUUUUGCGAGGAGUACAGUUUCAGUGUGCCAGAAAAUCGACCAAAGAACUAUUACGUUGGUAAAGUCAAUGCAGAAGACAAAGACGAAGGACGCCAUGCCAAAGUUUACUACUAUAUCAAAUCUGGCCACCAGGGUCAUAAUUUCUACAUCGAUAAGUCAGACGGCAGCAUUUAUACGAACAACUCGUUUGAUCGCGAGAAACGAAGCAGCUAUCGCUUGACUAUUGUCGCCGCAAAUGAUCCUGAUCUUUACAUCGAUCCAAGAGACAACGAACACCCACGUAAAAACCAGCAGCACGGAUACGUUAACGUAACAAUAAAUAUCCUUGAUGAAAACGACAAUCCACCUACCUUUGAAAAGAGUAUCUAUUACGCCGGUAUAAAUAUGAUGGCAAAUUUGAACGAACUCGUGACCAAAAUCACGGCUUCGGAUAUCGAUCUCGGUGACAACGGGACAGUGCAAUAUUACGUAGCUAGUUCCAACCUUUACAAAUACGAAUCUCAAAAAUCGAGUGGUUCAAUCGUGCCAAGUCCAUUUAACGUUAGUCAAGACGGUAAACUUGUAACUAGUGGUUACAUGGCCGAAUACAACCAGGAUCGUUUCAUUGUUGAAGUUGUGGCCAAAGAAGUUGCGUUUCCCGAACGUUUUGCUGUCACAAAAGUUCACGUAUGGGUAUACGAACCAAGUCAACUGAUCAAAAUAGUUUUCUCAUCGCCUCCGGAGAAAGUUCUUCAACAAAAGGACGAAACAGUCCAACAUUUGUCGGAUGUCACGCAGAGCCGCAUCGUAGUUGACGAUAUUCGAUAUCACGUGGAUGCAUCAGGACAUAUUCGACGCGAAUGGUGCGACAUGUAUGUUCACGUAGUCGACCAAAAGACGCAAAUCAUAUCGUCAGUAGCCCAGAUGCUCAAAUUAAUUGACUCAAAGUACGACUUUUUGAAGAAUUAUUACGCGGGUCUUGCCAUUGAAAGUAUACUACCUGCCCAUGUGGGUGUUCAAGAAGGAUCAUUUGACGUUGCUCUAGCUGCUCUCAUUGCUCUGCUCAUAAUAUUAUCCGUCGGUUGCAUUACGAUCACUGCAGUUUGCUGUUGUUUAAAAAACUGGGUCAUUAGCGUGCCAAACGACAUUCGCAAGAAAGAAGGUUUGAUAAAAAAGCAAAUCAUCGAAGAGCUGAAUACAACGGAAAAUCCUCUAUGGAUCGAACAAAAAAUGAAGCUCUACGAAGAACAAGAAUUAACUAUGCAAGUCUUUAGUGAGCCAGAAACUGGUUUAGUAGACAGGCGAGGUAGUAAUAUGAGUCUCGGGAUAGGCGAUACUUCGCAAGACAAUACAUAUGCCACAAUACAACAUCCAUUACCUACAAACAGACAUCGUUCAUCGACACCAGAUUACACUACUCUACCAGGCAAUCGGAAUAUGUACGAAUCAGCAAUGGGUUUCCAAGGCUCGACAUUUCAACCUGUGAUAUCAUCUCAAAUGAUACUGGAUAACGAAGAGCAACCUCAAUUUGUAUCGGGUCUUGUUUAAUUUGUCUGUUUCGUUCCCGAAUUAUUUGAAUAAAACCAUAGCUUAUAUAGCCAUUGGUGUUCAUUAAAAAAUUUAACAACAGAGUAAGAGGAUCAAGAUCUAUUGAUACCGAACUAGUGAUAAUUCUAACUGUAUUAAUACUUUAAGAUAGUUUUCUACAGAAUGUAGUUUAUAAUUUUAAUCUGCCAUAGACGUUACAUUCAUUAAAAGCUAUAGGUAUACUGUAUUAUUGUAACUAUUUGUAACUAUGACAAUAAUAUCUUGAAUUGUGACAAGUCUUCCUAAUUAAUUAUGAAAUUUCAAGUCCGACAUAAUAAUUUGGUGUAAAAACUUUGAUUCCUAGACUGUCGAAGGCGAACAUCAUUUCUCAUUGUUGUGGUUCUGAAAUCGAGUCGCAGAAGUUGGACUGAUGUAUGUAGGUGGAUCGUCUCGAGUCGAACUGUGCGCUUACGAAAGUUCAGUUGCAUCGAUGACUUUCACUUUGUUGUUAUGAAGAAAUCUAAAGAUUUCAAAUAAACUUUGUGCUCAGUGAUUCAUCGUUAUUUUUUGCUUUGCAUUCAUGUAUACUUAUACAUGACAUUUUUAGUGUCCAAAAUCGCUACAUAAAGUAUUACAAAAGAAAACAUUUUCAAUUCAAAACAAUGUAAUAAUGGCUGAAAAUAAUUUUAAAAAAUUUUCUGCUUAUUAACGAUAUUAGCAAGCCUUAUCGAUAUUAUUGAGCUGUCAUUAUAAUUACAUAAUCAGUAUUAAUUAGUAUGAGUUGUUACUAAUUUAGUAAUUUAUUGAAGAUCUUAGAAAUUGCAAUUGACUUUCAAUGGUGUAUAUAAUUCGAUUUCACUAACGCAAAAGUAUGUAUGCUAUCGAGUAAUUAAGUCGGUCCACUCUGCACAAAAAUGAAAUUGUAAACUUAUGAAUAUUGACUCAUUUUUAAAAAGCAUAGUUAUCUAAAAUUUUUAAAAAUUAAUCAAUUAAAUUUGUUGAUUUUUGAAAACUAUAAAAAACUGUCCUCAUUAUAUUGAGUUGUUAAAUCGAGGAAAUUUUCCUUCUCAAAAGAUUAUAAACAAGAUUGUUAAAUUUUCAAAGGAUUUUCUUUAAUCGUAGCAUGUGCUAGAAAAUUACAUGUAUCAUCUGUUUCUAUAAGCUCAUGAUUCGAGUAGCGCUAAGGUCGACAAACGAAACUCUACACGAGUUUGUAGAUUCAAACUGAUUCCAUUAUUAUUAAGAACUUAGAUGAAUAAAUGUUUUUGUUUAUUUUGAUUAAGUUCAUACAUGCAAAUGUAACGAUAGUGUUUGCUUACUUAAUUAAAAUGACAUUUUAUAUUACAUGACUCGAUAAUUUAAAAAAAAAUUAUUGCGUCUGUGAUUGACCAAUCUUAUAAGUAUUAAAAGUAUUGCGACUAGAAAUUUUGGUUCAUGAAAUUUCAUUUGCUAAAAAUAAGCUUUGAUUAUUUAUUAUUCUUUACAAUUAUUCGUAGGUAUAUUGUUUUGCCUGCAUUCAUCCAUCCGAAUAUCAUAGUUAUGAUUGUUCUCAUUCUAUAAGCGAAAUAACGAAAAGUAUAUACUCAUUUAUUAGAACUAUAUUUAGAUGACGAUGUGAAAUUUCACGAACUAUUCCCAAAUUAAGAUAAUUAAAAAUGAAAUUAACAGUAGAGUAAUAAUGGUGCGAGACAUUUAAGCUUACAAGUAAUUGAAUUAAAUAAUCGAUGAACAACGUAUGAAAGAUACUAUUUACCGAUCUUAUAUCGAGUGUUUUAUUAAGCGUGAGAAUGAAUGUCCAAUGUAGCUCUUGCUAUUACUUAACACGAAAACUUAUUAGUUGUAAAUUUAAUUGUAUCAUUAUCGAACUUAGUCAAAUAAUUAAUGUAUUAAAGAAAAGAAUACAAACUUGCCAACGAUGAACGAACGAAAUUACAUAAUAACUUGUCGCAUGUCACACACCCCUCUCAUAGGAUCGAGCUCAAUAUAUGUGUAAGAAUCAGCUUAAAAAUGAGUAAGUUUUGAAAAUUCACGCAAAGGCGAGUAUAUAUUCUUAAAACUAGUGUCAAGAACAAUUGUUACUCGCAUAAUGAUUUGUUAAUCGUCAAUGAUACAUUAUAAAGUAUUGGUUACUGUCAUCGUUGUACAAUUAUCUUAUCGAUGCAACUUAUCAUAUACGUACUAUUUAUAUAUCAUAUAUAUUUAUGGGAAAACGAAUCGUUUGAUAUCGAAUACCGCAUGCCACGGUUGAAAAACGCUGUUAAUUUGUUUAUUAUUG